GUCAUACCGUCGAUAAACGUCAAGUUUAAGGUUUCGCCAGCGAGCAAAAAAGGGACACAAACCGCAUGUUUGCCACUACCGUACCUUACCGAAUAUCCCGCCGGGUUUUGUAAUCAACCUUUCUCUCUCUACAUGAAGCUGCCAUCCCAUAAUCUCAACAUGACAUCCAUUUAAACCCGGCAAGACGAUGCCUUGCAACACGCAAACAAUGGACGAAGCCCCUGGAAAUCCCCACCUGCUUGGCUUACCCGGCGAUGGUACCGCGAUGGGAAGCAUCUGCCCGUAUGGUGACCGGUCAUCGACCCGGGCGGGGACUCUUGCCUGCGGGGGACACGCAAGCGGCCGGCAGGCAAACCAAAAGACCGCCUUGCCGCAUGAAAGAUUUGAGGGAUUACCACGUACACUCACUCUCCUCCCCCACCUGACAUCACAACCAAUGGGUUUUUUCAUAUUGCACAUGUAGACUAGGGAUUUCGUUCACCGAAGCGACUCGUCGUUGGCCUAUAGAUUGCUUUAUUUGCCAUGUUGCAUACCAUAAUCCCUGCAGCAAUACAUAUUCGGUACAGUGACUGCCUGCCGGCCGUCACCGAUCUUUGCUGUUAUUUGGC